CACAUGGGGGUGGGGGUGUGCAGGUGCCAAGUGCCAUGGGUUAGGCCCGAGAUCGGAGUCCGGCCGCCCACCGACAGCAGCCGCCUCCUGCUCCCCACGCGCCACCAUGUCAGGCGACAAACUUCUGAGCGAACUUGGCUAUAAGCUGGGCCGCACGAUAGGCGAGGGCAGUUACUCCAAGGUGAAGGUGGCCACGUCCAAGAAAUACAAGGGCACGGUGGCCAUCAAGGUGGUGGACCGGCGGCGCGCGCCGCCAGACUUCGUCAACAAGUUCCUGCCACGCGAGUUGUCCAUCCUUCGGGGCGUGCGGCACCCGCACAUCGUGCACGUCUUCGAGUUCAUCGAGGUGUGCAACGGGAAGCUGUACAUCGUGAUGGAGGCGGCCGCCACCGACCUACUGCAGGCCGUGCAGCGAAACGGGCGCAUCCCCGGGGGGCAGGCGCGCGACCUCUUCGCGCAGAUCGCCGGUGCUGUGCGCUACCUGCACGACCACCACCUGGUGCACCGCGACCUCAAGUGCGAAAACGUGCUGCUGAGCCCUGAUGAACGCCGCGUCAAGCUCACCGACUUCGGCUUCGGCCGUCAGGCGCAUGGCUACCCCGACCUGAGCACCACCUACUGCGGCUCGGCCGCCUACGCGUCGCCCGAGGUACUCCUCGGCAUCCCCUACGACCCCAAGAAGUACGACGUGUGGAGCCUGGGUGUUGUGCUCUACGUCAUGGUCACCGGGUGUAUGCCCUUCGACGACUCCGACAUCGCCGGCCUGCCCCGGCGUCAGAAGCGCGGCGUUCUCUACCCCGAUGGCCUCGAGCUGUCUGAGCGCUGCAAGGCCCUAAUAGCCGAGUUGCUGCAGUUCAGCCCGGCGGCCAGGCCCUCCGCGAGCCAAGUAGCGCGCCACUGCUGGCUGCGUUCGGAGGACUCCGGCUAGAAGCCGGGGUUCCCACCAUUCCCGCCACCCCGAGCCCUGCGCAAGCGCAGCGCACGCGCAAGAAGCGCGCUUCCGGAGUUCCGCGAAGCCGCCGCGCGGCACUGCGCACCCGCCCUUUCCUCUUUCCCACUUCGACGCCGGGGGCGGCAGUCGACCCCGUUUGGAAUUCAGCUCCUCCGCCACGAUCCCAAGAGAAGAAGGGCGCGUGCGCUUCCUCGGUUCCCCGAGAGAAGGCCCCCGGGAAGGGGCUGGACGAGAGGAGAGGGAAACGUUGCCCCCGUGCGGA